UAGUUUAAAAGCUACAUUUGAUUUCGCAUUGUGUCGCUAGAUCGUUCCACAGUCGCGAGAAAAUAUUACAAAAAAGUUCACGAGUAAAUACAAGUUGUUUUGGUAUAUUAACUUCUUCAUUUCUUGAUGUAUUUUGAUAUAUAAAAAUAAAAUAUCUUACAAUAUUGAAUAUGUAAAUCAAAAAUUAAUUUUCUGUGAUUUAUUAAUCGCUCUUUGACUUGUGUUAUUCAGAAUAAUUAUGAAACAUGCAACUUAACCCCGUUUUUAAUGAUUUUAUUUAAAAAAAUGAAUAAUUUCGAUUUUUAGCUUCCAGAAUUAAUUUUUUCUAGGGACGUUUAUUUAUUAAAAAUCAUGUCGUUACGUCAAUUUUUUCAAUUAUUAUUGAAAAGAGUUGGACCUAUUCUGUAUGCUACAAGUUCUACAUAUAUAAAUCAACCAGAAACUAACAAACCAACAGCAGAUGAUAAAUUACAAUUUGAACCAAUUGAUAUAAAAAAAUUAACUCCUGAAUAUAUGAUUCAACAAUCAACUAUAGAUGCUGUUAAUAGUGCAACGCAAUCGCUAACUGUUGCAUAUACAGCAAUAAUGAAAGCAAGUAAUGAAUAUAAGGCAUUAUUAAACGAAUUAAUUUCUCUUUCAAGAGAAACUUUAGAAUUAAAUGUUAAUGAUACACAUUGGGAUAUGAUAGUUGAACUUAGAUCAAAAGUACAAAGUAAAAAAGAAAUCUUAACUAAGUUGACAGGAUAUAUUGAAUAUGUGCAUAAAAUGGCAGUAGCUGUUUCAGAAAUAAGUUAUUUGUCUGGAAUGGAUAAUUUAUCUUUCACUCUUACUCAAAGAAUAGAUGAUGCACUAAGAAACAUAAAGAAAGAAAUUAAUCAUAUUAUGGUACUUGAACAAGAAUAUUGUAAUGUGCAAAAAGAAUGCAUUAAAAAUUCUAAUAAAACAGAUACCAAGUCUGCAGAUAAAGUAAAAAUUAAUGAAUUAACUUAAUAUAGUAAAAUAUUUUUUGUUUAUGAUUUAAAAUUUAUGUUUAAGAUUUUAUACAAUAAACAAAAAUAACAUGUUAAAAAUAAA